GGCGCGGCCCGGUGCCACUAAGGCGAGCGGCUCCACAAGAUGGCGAGCGCGGGCUCUUGGGCCCUCCCCAAGAUGGCGGCGGGCGGAGCGCGGGGCCGGAGCCGCACGGAGCCCCGCGGCCCGGCUCUCCCGGGGCGGCGGCGGCGGCGGCCUCCCGGGCGCUGUGCGAAGGGCUCCCCGGAGGGCGGGCGCCCGGCAUCCGCCUCCGCUCAGCCCGCGGGGGGAACGCCGGCCCGCCGCCAGCAGCGGGGCGGCCCCCGGACGCCGAGCCUGCCUUCUUCACACAAAGCAGCUGAGAGACGACCUUCAAAGAGAUUAAAAUGUGAAAAACCCAGUCUAGGAAAAUCAGAACGAGGACUUAUCUGUGGAAGUGGAAACCUUGCUGCACUGGGGGAAACGCCUAAAACAGCUGAUGGGGAUCCACGUUCAGAGGAUCCAGGAGACUGCAAUAUCAUUAAACAGAAAAAAGGUGAAAGCAUUCCAGAGACUAAUGAAGACAACCAGGAAAAGGAGCUUAAUGUCACCAAGCCAGGUACAGCGAAAUCAAGCAGUGCUUCAUCAGAAAUGGACAGUGAUGACAAUCUGCACAAUCAUGUCUGCAGUGAAGAGGAGAGCAGCUGUGAGAGCGUACUGUCAGACAGAGAUCUCCCAAAGAGGCCGAUACAACCGGACAAUAGUGCUUUCUUGGAUGAAGACAGCAACCAGCCAAUGCCAGUGGACCGGUUCUUUGGAGAUGGCGAGUUUAUCCAGGAUCUUCCAGCAGUGGUACUCCCAAGCACGACGAUGAGCAGGCGAGAAUUCAGGAGGCUCCAUUUCAUUGCAAAGGAAGAGGAGGAGGAGGAUGAAGAGGAUGCUAACAACAAACUGUAAACAAACGAAAUCUUUAUUCUUUUCCUUUGCAGCCACAUAAUGAUGGCUGGCUGCAUUGCUAACAUAAGGUGUCUGUUUGCCUUUUCUCAGACAGAGAACUGGUAGAGUUUGUUUUUCUGGAAUUGGCAGAUGCAGUAUGCUCCCACAGUUAUCUGGGGCAAAGAUUGAAUGUCCAGUGAUUUGGAAAUAAAAGUGUAAGUUAUCACUUUAUCACUAAUAUUUAGGAAAAAACCCAGGGAAAACAGAAGUUCUUACUGCUUUUUCAGAAAUUUGAGCCCUUAUCUAGGGUGAAGAUUUGGUCUUGCCCAUUUUUUAAAAAUAGCCAAGAAAACCAUGUUAGAGGAAGGUCCUUUUUCUUUUCAUUCUGCGCCGUCUGCCAUUGCAGCAGCCGGCUGACUGCCAGCACAGAGGGACACCGGCCUCUGUGCAUGUUGUGUUGCAUCGCUUGCAUCGAAACCAGAACCAACUCACCCUCCCAAAUGUGGCCUGCAUUUUUAGAAAAUAAUGAGCCACCUCAGGUGAUUUUAGGAACUGUUAGCUCACCUGAUGUUUAUGAUAAGACUUCUUUGAAAGUUGGAUUAUGCAAUAAGUUUCCAGAUCUUUACGGUUAUAAAUAGUUUCUUCUACGUUUCUAAAACUAUACAGAAAAUGUUAUCAGCAGAUGGUUUAAAUAAAUAUUAAUUUCUACAGCUAUAGCCUGUUAAACAUUCAAAAGUUGUAAGCCAAACAAAUUGUAUAUGCAUGACAUGAUAAUUUAUUCACAUUUCCACUCCAGCUGAUGCAUUGUUUCCAUCAACGACAUUUCUGGGCUCCUUUUAACUCUAAUUCUGUAACAGAAAAAUCUAAUUUUUUAAUGGCAUUAUUCACAGCUUUCAGCACAACUCCAUCUUGAAGUAGCUCUCCCAGCUUCCCUUCAAUGCUGUAUUUGCUAUUGUCUCUCUCUAGCAAAGGUGUCUUCACACACAGAUACUUGGUUUAGUUUCAGCACUGUGCACAAUGGCGAUUUUUGG